AUUUAUGCGGUGUCCUCCAUCUCGUAAUUUGUUCCCUAUGGAAUUUAUGAAGCUUUGCGAGCGUUCGGAACAAAGCUAAUGGCCAAUCGGACGUGUGCCGACGCGGCGUAUUUUGAUGAAUUUUCGAUUCCCCGAUCGUUUUCGUGCCUAAUUUCGAGAAGAUCGUGUUGCACCUGACUACUGCCGGUAUCUGAGGCUCGUCAGCAAGAGUGGAACGUACAUUUUCAGUGUGAUUUGUCGGAGUGGAUCUCGGGCCGCUCAUCACGGUCACAUUUGUGAAUCCACGACGAGAAGCUCGUCUUUGCUUUGAGCAAGAUCGUAAAGAGGAAUCUUUGCAAGAAGAAAAGCAUAUUGGAUAUACACAAUUUUUAUAAAAAAUUAAAGGAGAAUUCUUUUGUAAAAUAGUUACAUACUCCUGUCUAUGAGUGUACAUUUCCAUACGUGCAUUCUUGUGUAUGACAUAAGUAUAUUACAUAUGCAAUAAUAAAGAUAAUUGUGCUUGAGUGAGCAAAUAUUAGCAAAGAUGAAAGGCAACAAUAGCAAAGACACUACUAUGAGCCCAAGAAAGGAAUUAAGACAUGAUAUGAUUACAUUUUUGUCGACAAAAAAAGACAAGCUUUUAUCUUAUCAAUUUAAAUUCCCCAUAACGCCAAUCAAUCAAUGUCCGCGAAAAAAUAAAUUUCAAUUUCAAUACAGAUCUAAAUCUUGGCUCUGUGAUACUAGCAAUGCAGUUAGUUGGCUAUCCUCACCAAAUUCGAGUUCGGACUAUAUUUCUUUUGACACAUACAAGUCAAUGCCAUCCAGAUCAGCUAAAAUAAUGAGAGCACUCAGCUCUACUUGUAGUUCCUUUCGUAAUGAGAGUACAGGAAUAAGGAAAUCAUUAAACUUUGACUCGACUCCAAGUCCAAAGAGGAACAGCAGUUAUGAUGGAAGUUCAACCAGUUCGAUCAACGCUGACACACCAUCGUCAAUAUUAAAUUCAAGCUCGACCGAUUCCAUCGACAGUAACGUUCCAAUUGCGUCUGUGGAAUCCAUCGAUGAAAAUCAGAAUCGAACGCCUCAACAAAAUCGAAAACGUGUCAAUAAAUCAAAUGAUAGAACUGACAGAAAAGACAAUAUUCGAUCAAGGACGUCUUAUUUAAUGUCGUUACUUGAAAAGGGACUGGAUGAAGGAAUCAAUAGACUAUCCAAUCGUGUUAUAACUACGAGUACACCCAGAAAUUUAGCUCAGGAAUUUAACCAAGAAAUAGGCCAUGAUAGACCACAUACACCUGAAAAUAUGAUAGAUGUAAUUCCAGAAAGUAUAAGUGCUAUUAAAAAGAGUCACAAGAAGGAUAAAUGGUACAGUCAUGAAGAACAGUCAUCUAUUCAGCGGAUGGAUGUUUCUCUACAAGAUGAUAACUCCAAUUCAAAAAUAAAGAAAACAGAUAUAAUUGCUAAAGCUAGUUGUAGCACUGCUGCUGAAAAUGAAUCUCAGAAAAAAAAUAGAAAUAUUAAAAGAACACUAAUCUACAAUGACGAAAGACCUGACGUUAUAUUAGAUUUUAAUCACAGUAUACAACAGAAAAUUAUGACAGAAUAUGAUUUAUUGCCAAGUGGAUUGGACAAAACGGAAACUGAAAUGCAAGAGAUUGAUUCUAAUGAUUGUGAGAGUCUUGAAGAAAGUAUGCAAGUUGAUGAUCUGAUCAAUAAUGAUAAAGAUCUUUCCAAGGAAAGUAUUUGUGAUAAAGAAACAAGAGAGUUAUCUUUGCAAAAAGAUUCAGGUAUUUGUAAUGUCAGUAUGAUAAAUGAGAGAAUGGAACAGGCUCCAGAAUGUAAUUCAAGUACUUCUCAGGAUGCUAAUAAAGUAGUUACACCUGAAAACCAUGUAAACAUGUUAAAGCAUGUAUUGACAGAAUCGAUUAAAAAAUCGCAUAAGAAGAUGAAACAUACAAAUAGAAAAACAUUAUUUAAAAUGAAAGAUCUUCAAAAAAUGGAAAAAGAAAUGGAAUUAACAGAAUCUGAAAUAUCCAUAGAAGAUGCUUGUCAUGAUACUCAAGAUAUUAACAAUCAGACUGCCGAUAUUAUUCACUUGUCAAGCCCAGAGAAUCUCGAAUUCGAUCGUCCAGGCACACCUGAAAAUGUUAGUUCAAGCAGACUCUUGGUGCUUGAUUUUAAUUCAGUUAAAAAGUCACAUAAGAAAGAUAAGCGUAGCAAAAAGACUUCCAGUUUUGUUGAACACUGUAAUUACGAAUAUCGUAAGAGAAACAGCAGAUAUGGAGAGGAAAACAUUGACGAAAUCUUAUAUAGGGAUAAGUUUCUUGGAUUAAAAGAUUCAUCUGACAUGCUGCCUAAAAAGAAGAAGAAGUCGAUAAGCACGUCCUUGCAUAGUAGUACACCCAAGGUACCAAGUGACUUCAAGCUUUUGGGAUGCAAAAAUUUAGAUGAGGAAUUUAAGAUUCAUACGCCUAUUAAAAAGCCGCCGAUCCUGCUUACUGUCACGAGUCAUGACGAGAUAUCGCAGGAAGAAAAUAAACUUGCACAAGCGACAUCAAAAGAGAUUGAUUGUUCUAGAUGUGUGACACCAGUUGGACGUUUCAAAGAAUUGAGGAAAAAAGAUCCUUCAUCAGAACGCGAUAACGUUAAAAAAUUGGAGACUAAUACAAGCGUUUCGAAAGUAGUGGAUACUCCAAAUCGAAAAGAUGAAAAUGGUAGAUCAACCCCGAUAAAUAUGUCGACGACAGAACUGCUUUGCAACGUAAAUUCUAUUAAAAAGUCACAUAAGAAAGACAAGCAUGAUCGUAACAAGAAACCGAUUUCAAAGAAGAAACGAUCAUAUGUCGAAGAAAAUAGGCACAGUAAAUUUGCAAAUAGUGAAAUAAUGUUGGAAGAAUGUUCUUUACCCUUGAUGCAUCACAAUUAUCGCGCUGAAAAAGAAAUUUGUAUUAUUAUGCGUGAUAAGGAAAAGAACGAAAGUUAUAAAGAGAUUGCUUAUGACGACCCUCAACCGUCCACGAGUCGAGGAGAUAAUAUUGAAAGUGCAAAAAAAACCACAAAAUCAAAGUAUCUGAAUACACCUCCAAAUAGCUCGGAUGCAGUGAAUUUAAGGAAAUUACUGUAUACAACUUCCAUUAAAAAGUCUCACAAAAAGGAACGCAACAUGAACGCACAAACUAAGUACAUUUUCAUGAGUCAGGAUCCCGAAUUAUCUGAUGAUGGAUCAAUAUUUGACGAAGCAGAUAGAUUGAAUUUUAUUGAAAACGAGAUAUCGACAAUGUAAUAGAUAAAUGAAAAGUAUUUCAUAAGAGGAAUGAUAUUAUCGCGAUAAGAAAAUAAACGUAAUACAUAAUGUGCCUUAAUAACAAAGCAUAGCAUUUUAUAAUAAGGGUUAUUUUUUGACAAAUUUGCAAAUCAAUAUUUUUGAUAAAUUUUUCAAUUAUCAGUAUUAAAUGUCUUUAACAGUAACUUUUGAAUUAAAAAGAUUUAGAAUUUAUCUUUAUAUUCCCUGCACAAUUUAAUUCAGUAAAAAAAAUGUUAAAGACUAUACAAAUCUUCUUGAAAUAUGACAUUGGAUGUUUGUUUAAGUAAAGCGAGUACUAACAUUAAUAAAUAUUGACUAUUAUUAAAAUUAUGAUCAUGUUCUUUGUAUAUUCUGCUUAUAAGUUUAGAAAUUUGUUAAGAAGACACUAUUUUAACUGUUACAAGAUGUAGCUGAUUUUUCUAGAAUUCUGUUCAAGAUGUAAAUUAAAUCAAAUAAACAAACAAUGCAACCGUUGUUUGAUUAGAAGGCAGUUUUAGAAAAAGCAGUGGUUUUUUUUUUAUAUCAUGAACAAAGGAUUCAAGUGAAAUUGCAGCAUCUUAUGGAUACAGUAGAAGUGCGAUUAUCUAAUAAUUUUAAGACAGUAGUUUAAGAUACAUAAUAGAUUUUUUAGGUGUUUAUAAUCUUAUAUUUAAGAUUGUCAUAAGUAUUAGUAUCUUGAUGCAUUACUUAAUGGUCUUGAAACAAAUAAGAUUAUAUAAAUACCAAUUUUAUAAAGGUACAUUUAAUCUUCUCGUAUAUUUCAUGACUGAGAUACAAUAUCCAUAACAUGUACAGUUUCUAAUUCUUGUAAGAAUUGUCAAUGUUAAACACAAAUUUAAUAUUUUGUAAGUUUAUUAGUUUUUAGAUUGUAUUGUUUUUAAAAUAUUUUUACGCGUAUAUAAAUCUGUUGCAUUAGAAUAAUAUUAGCAUUUGUAGAUUUUAUAUUCAUUUUUCUUGUUACAUUUUCGUAUAUAAUUUAUAUCAGAUAAGAUAUAUGUAUAAACAACUUAGGAAAAAUUGCAAUAAGAUAAAAGUUAAUACGUCGGUACUCGCGCUUAUUGAAUAUUACGCUUAGAUUAUCAUUGAUUUGACGUUUGAUCAGUUACAGUAAUUUUACUGACAUAUUCUAAGGAUUAAUUACAGCGGUAUAAAAAUUUAAAUACAAUUUAGAUAGUAAGCAUUACAAUUUAAGUUUAUUUUACCUAAAAACGAUUAAUAGAUAAGUGAAAGCAUGCAUAAUCCAUUAUCUCUCUGUAACGUCAUAUGUAAGAAAUUAAAAACAAAUUUUCUUUCGAUUGAUGUACUCUA